AUGGGGCGUAGGGGCUACCCGCGCCCUUCGACGCCCGCACGCGCCUCCUUCUGCCCUUCCGCCGCGGACGAUGCCGACUUCUCUGAGUCUAAUGCGAUCCUGGUGGUGGCCACGCCCUGCGAGAGUCUGCUGCUGCUCAGCCCAGCAUCUUGCCGUGGCGGGCGCCUGUCGUCGGAGCUCUGGUUGUCGGUUCCAGAGUCGGUGGCUGAGGGAAUUGUUGGGCUACGAGAAUCAGUCGCUGAUAAGAGGGCUGAGGCUGAGAAGAUCAAGAGGGAUCAGAGAUUGUGCUCAAUUGUUGGUGGUCAGGACGUCAGUUUGCAGGAGUUAUCUGAAGAAAGGACUCACUAUCUGGUUAAAUGUUCCAUUGGAUGCCCUUGCAAGAAGGAUUGCUGCGGUGGUUCAGCGUCACUGCCCCUCCUGCAUCAACAAUCUGGUGAUCCAUAUGCAAAGGUUCAGAAGAGCUAUUUUGUGUACAUGAGUUGCUACUGGCAGUGGACAGAUUGUCUAUGCAGAGUGCGUAGAGAAAAAAAUGCUCACAUACAAACACAAACGACAUCCAGUAGGCGCUUGGAACACCCGACAGAUUGAAAGCACAGAAGCAAAGAUUUCCAAUACGAGGCCACGAUGCCCGACAGAGAUGUAGCCAAUAUGUGCCCAAUCCUUAUUUCUUGAUGUUGGAACAACAAGUAAGAGCAUGUUCAUGUUUACUUAUUAUGUUUUUUGAGAAAUUUAUGGGAUUUACAAGCUGAAAUUAUUGACUGCUUCAAAAUAUGUUUUAACCAAAACUGUUUGCACGAUAUUUCCCUGGUUCUGCAUUCAUGGAAUUGCUAAAAAAAUGAACAAGUUCAGUGAUAGUUUUGUUCCUAUUAAUAUUUCGUCCAAGGUGCCAGUUUGUUUCUUAAGUUUUUCUUUU